AUGUCCCAAACCAAACCAGAAGAGGAAGAGAGCGAAUCAGAGGAGAGAUGCCACCAGGAACCAGAAGCAGAAGAUAAUGUGCCAGACCUUGAUGCAGAAGGAUCCAGCUCUAGUGCUCUUGUGGAUUCCCCUCAGACUCCCAGCACGGAGCAGCUGCCAAAACAGGAAAAUUGGCUGUGGAGCUGGUUUUCUUUCCCCCUUCUCUCCGGUCUCACCUGGCUGGGAGACAGGUAGCAGCUCAGAGGCCUUCCUCAAAAGCAAAAAUCUCCUCUCCGUAGUGGUGAAAGAGUUGCAUUGCAUUCUCCCCAUUUUAGAGACAGGAAAACCGAGUCUGUAUGUGUGUAAAGUUGAAAUGGAAUGUUUCACAAACUGGAGGUCCAGGGGCAGAAUGGGGUGGGGUUAGAACUCAGAUUAAAAGGUCAAGGCACCCCAAAUUUCUCAUUUGGAUGUUGACUGUUUUAAGCUCAGGAGAGGGCCCUUGUGCUUGGAUCCUGCUUGUAGGCUUUCCAUUGGAGCAUCUGGUUGGUCACUGUGAGAAGAGGAUGCUGGAUUAGAUGGGCCAUGGGCCUGAUCCAGCUGCAGGGCUCCUCUUGAGUUUUUAUGACAGAUUUGCACACCCUUUUAAAGCCCCAGCGUGCUCUAGCCUUUCUUUUUAAGGAGCCUUUCGAGUUAUUUUAAUUGCAAACCUUCCUUUGCCUCUUAGGAACAAGCCCCUGCAGGAGCCUGUCUGCAGUCAGCUGGAGAGGAACAGAUCCUCCGGCAAGAUGUGCCCAGAGUGUGAGAUUCUGUUCUGCAAAAAGUGCGAGACGUUACAUUACAGCUGGGCUUUCAUUGAACAUGGACUGCUGGGCCACAGCACAGAAAACCUGCCAGAGGCUUUGAGCCCAGCACUGAGUACAGGCAAGACGCAAUGAGGACUAGUAUGCUGCAGAGUCUAAAUGCUAUCUUUCCCAACGGGUGAAUUAGUGAUGGUCCCAGGUCAAAGCUGCUACCCUGUUUUCCUGAUAGAGGCCCAGUGUCUUUAAUGGCUGUGCAAUGGGUAGAAAUAUAACAGCCCACAACAUUCUCACAACCAGGGGAGAAAUUCAAUUCAGUUCACAUUUAAAACAGACUCUCUCAAAUUCGUACGAGAAGUGAAAUGCGGCCAUCCUUCAAAAUCCACAUGUAUCCAAAUUUUGCAAUGAUCCUCCAAAACGAAGGAGAAUGCAAGAAAUAGGGAAACGUGUGCAGAAUAAUGAAUAUAUUGGUGAAAAUAACAUACAAAAUGCAGAAAUUACUUGCAAAAAUGUAAUGUCACGCAAGAAAUGUGCACUGAAAUGCUGUAGGUUUUUGAGGUAUUUUUUAAAGAAAAAUUGCAAAUUGCUGCAGAAACAACUGAAUUUAAGAUUGGAAAAAUCAGGAAAUGGUGAGAAAUGAAAUGGACUCAUAAUACUGUAUCAUUGUGUUCAGAGAUGUUACCGACUCAGUUCCCGCUGCUUAAACAUGGGACUUCAACCUGUGGGUUGGAACACCCAGGUGGGUCACAAGGCUAUCCCAGAUGACCAAACCAAAGGAGCACUACUUGUAGUGUCUGAGCUAGAAAAUGUUCUCAUUUUACCAAUUUCUAUGACUGCCUCAAAGCAGCAGGAGAAGGGCAAGAGCCUUUUUUCAACAGGAUAUUUCUGGCCAACUGUAUGCCCCACCUUCCUUUAGCAGGGCCCCGAGCGAGGGAGCUCUCUAUGGAGCAGGGACAUACUCUGUUCACUUUUUAGACUUUUUCUGCAGCUUUCCAGACUUCUCCCAGGAUGGAAGUCUGAUGGGGGCUAGAAUGCAGAUGGGGCCACUGCAGCGGGUAGCUCAGUUGCCCAGCGGUUGACAUCAUAGCAGCACCUGGGGGCCCCAGAAGUGAUGGCAAUUGUCUGGCCAUAGGAGGUGAGAGUUAGAGGGAGCAGGGACAUCAUCACCCUCAUUCCACUCCCUGCAACCUGAAAUAGGUCUGGGUCAAGGGGAAAGUUCCUUGCUGCUUUUUGUUUCGUAGAAUGCUACGGGUCCCUUCCAACUCUACUAUUCUUUGAUCCUAUGAAAAUAGAACACAAGGUCACUUGAGUCGCAAGCUGGUUGUCAUACAGCAUGUCCUCCUUUUUCCAGACUCUAUAGACCUGGCUGUCGCUCCGGAGGAGUCAGAAGAGGAAAUAAAGAGGCAGUGA